AUGACCCGACCGGGAGUAAUGUUAAGUUUAAUAUGUUUAAGUAUACACAGAAUGGUUGUGAUGAUGAAUUGGAAAAAGAUCUUAAUUUUACUGCUUUUAUACUGUCUUUUUAUGCGCCGUGUGUCAGCCCGCUCAGGAAGUUGGGAGCCUUUGGGGCAGCCAUAUUUCGACAACAGUACGAAGCGCGAAACCACUGCAGCGGUGGGACAGCCGGCAUUUUUGCACUGCCGAGUAAGGAAUCUUGCUGAUAGAUCUGUUUCUUGGAUACGGAAGCGUGAUUUGCACAUUUUGACUGUGGGUGUUCAUACUUAUAGUAGUGAUGCUCGUUUUGCGGCACUCCAUGCGGAUGGUUCGGAUGAAUGGACGCUGCGAAUAUCACCUGCUCAGCCUCGAGAUUCUGGCGCUUACGAGUGUCAAGUAUCGACGGAACCAAAGAUUAGCCUCUCAUUUCGUCUAACUGUCGUUGUAUCGAAGGCUGAAAUAUUAUCGGGACCCGAGUUAUUUGUUAGAGCUGGAUCGGACAUUAAUCUCACUUGUGUUACAAAACACGCCCCUGACCCACCAAGUUUCAUUUACUGGUAUCGCGGUGAUCAAGUAGUAAACUACGCACAGCGGGGAGGUAUCAGCGUUGUAACUGAGCAGCGAACCCGCACAAGCCGUUUGCUUAUUGCACGCGCUUUACCUCAUGAUUCGGGAAAUUAUACUUGCGCACCAAGUAGUUCUGAGUCUGCAUCGGUGAUCGUACAUGUUUUAAGCGGCGAACAUCCAGCAGCAAUGCAGAGCUCCAGUUCUAAUCCGCCACGAUUGGAUAAUAUUUUUGGCUCAUCUUUAUUUACAAGAUAUUCUAUGAAUAACGUUUCACGUUCAUCAUUCGGUAUGUUAGUAUUAAGUCAUUAUAUAUCAAUUCUUUCUUUGGCUUUAUUCAUUUUCGUUGUAAAUGUUAUUAUGAAUUUUAUUAUUCAUAAUACUUUUUCACUAAUAUUGGAUUCUAGGUGA